AUGCAUCAUUUAUUGGUUAUUAGCCUUUAUGAUCAAGAAAUUACAGGGACUGAAAGCUUUGAAGUAACAGAAAAUACUUAUACCGUUAAAGAUGUCUAUUUUAGAGACAUUACUUAUACCCUGGAAAGCAAGCAUGUGAUUAUGGUAAACCAACAAUCUACAAACAUUGACAUUGCAUCAUCUACAUUCAAUAAUAUCAGAGGAUCCUCAUUUGGUCUUGCAGUGUUCUGUAUUGGAAAUUUAUCAAUUUCAAAAGUAUGUGGUUAUAAAUGUCAUUCAUCAUUAUCGAACUUAUUCUUAUAUCAAAAUAGCACUGCCUUGAUUUCAUUUUUAUCUGUUUCAACAUGUUCAGAGAGUUACACAGAUAAUACAACUAUUGAUACAGAAAAUGCAAGUGUUCAGUACUCUAAUAUCUCUAAUUGCUCCCCUAAAUUCUCUGCAAUAAAUAUAAUUAAGCCGUAUGAUAAAAUUCAAUUUUGUGAAUUUAUGUAUAACAAGCAUGAAACACAAGCACUUUAUGUGAGAGGUGAAAAUAUAAAUAUAAGAUCAUGUGUUUUUGCUUAUAAUAAUGGAAUUGGUUUACUGGCUGAAGAUUCAAAUUUAGUUCAAGUUGAAGAUUCAUACUUUAUUGGAAAUAUCAAAAAAGAUAUUAAAAGUGAAGAUGCAACUGUAGAGCUCUACAGCUGCAAAUAUUCUUCCAAUAUCAUGACUGAUGGAACAACAAUCAAAUUUGUAAGCGGAAAUAGGAAGGGCGAAGGAAACAUUAUUGAUCCAAUAAGUUCUAAUCCUUACUGGGGACAAACAGGAUAUUAUUGCUAUUAUCAAAAUUUUGGGGUUCCUACAUGGAAGGAGAUCCAUCCAGACUGUGAUAUUAACCAAGCCAAAAUUGAUGAAAGACUGAAGUACAAGAGAGUUAAGGUAAUUUUCUCACUUGGUGAAACAUUCAACAUCAUAUGA